AUGGCAAUCACUCUCCAGCUCCCACAGUUGCAAGUCGAAGAAUCCCUUCAUGGCCAACAAGCUGAUGCUAUCACCCUUUCUCCACGAUCUCGAAAUUCCUCGGCCAACAAUCCCUUCCUAAACAUCCCAAGUACUCCUGCACUAAGCAGCUCCGCUUCCAGUGUUGUCGAAAUUGAUCCAGCUGAAGCUUUGCGACCGGAUCCAGGAACCGAAGCGGGUUUCCAUGUGGAGAACAACCCGUUCGCGUUCACCCCCGGUCACCUGAACAAGCUUCUCAAUCCCAAAUCUUUGCAGGCGUUUGUUGCCCUAGGAGGCCUUCGGGGCAUUGAGCGAGGGCUUCGUACCGACAUCGAGGCCGGUCUCAGUAUUGAAGAGACGUCGCUCCCGGGCCAAGUCAAAUUUGAUGAUGUUGCCCUCUGCUUGGAAAAGGCCCCGGACAAUGAUAGCUCAGCACCCCCCAAACCCAAUCAUAACUGA